AUAAAAACUGUAGAGCAAAGGCACAUUGACAGUAUCCACAUAUUUUUUCCUCUGUGACAAGGAGCCAACUGAUCGCGAUGAAGCUCUACAGUCUGCUUCUGCUUGGGACCCUGGUUGUCCUCAUUGAUGGUAUACCACCAAUAAACAGGGACUAUAACACACGUUGUCAAUGUCUGAAAGUGGAGUCCAGGAUUAUUCCUCCUGACAGCCUGAAGAGCAUCAAGCUGGUCACUGAGGGACCUCACUGUCCAGAGACUGAAGUCAUAGCGGGCCUGGUGACUGGGGAGAAGGUCUGCCUGAACCCACGGUCCGCCUGGGUGAAGAAGCUGGUCCAGUUUGUUCUGGAGAGGCAACUUAAUCAUCAGAAGGCACCUGCCAAAAACCAAGCUUGAAGAAAAAAAAUCCUGCUUCAAAAGCUGAAGACCUGCAAACACGAGCCACUCCAGAUUUAAUCACUUGAAUGGAUAACUUUUAAUUUGGAUUUAAUUGUUUUCUUUUUUUAUUUUCUAUUUUACAGUCUUGUACCUGUCUUUUUCGAUUUUUUUUUACCACAUGCAAAUGUUUGACAGUUGUUUACAUAAACUGUUAAAGAGCACAGAAAAUGGGACUGAUUUUCUAACACCUGUAAAACAAAACUCUAGAAGGAGUGCAAGUGUUUGAACAGAAAAAUGCAAAGCUUUGGCACUGGGAAUUUGUCUGUUAAUUUUCUAAAAACAGACAUUAUUUGUAGCAAAUAUGUAGCAUUAAAACACACUUAAACACUGUGCAAUAGUUAAAAUGAAACAGGAACUUAAAUGGAUCAUGUCAGCUCAAGAAAAUGAGAUGAAGCAUAAAGGAGAUCGACCUUAAAGAAGUAAACAUUUGUUGUUUGUUUUUGUUAUUUUUUAAGUCAGUCUUGUAUCUGUUUUUGAAUGUGAAUCUUUCUGUAUCUCUGAUAAUGCUGUUGAAAAUAAAUUGAAUGCUUAUUAAAUUCCAAGUAAAGCAGAAAUGGUUUA